AGUUUCUCAAGUAUCAGAAAAGAUUUGUCCUCACAGGAAACCAUCUAUGGAUACUUCGGUGUCUGUAAAGCCAGAUACACUUACAGGUGGACCAGUUCCGUGACUUCAUGAGAGGGAAACCAUUUUUUGGACACUUUCUUGUCGCCAUCUACCCAAGUGGAGAUGUCUGAGGAAAACCUGGGGGAAGAGUCGGGCAGUUCUCCUGUCUCUCCUGUGGACAGCUUGAGCAACAGCGAGGGGGAGCUGGACAGACAGCCGAAGAGGUGUGGGAGGAAGAGGAGACCGAGCAGGAAAAACGGGGAGGACUCAGAUAGCCCGACCCCUGGGAAAAGAGGGAAGAAGUCCAGCAGCAGCAGCCCCCAGUCUUUCGAGGAUCUCCAGUCGCAGCGGGUCAUGGCAAACGUCCGGGAGCGACAGAGGACCCAGUCUCUCAACGAGGCGUUCGCAUCUUUGCGGAAAAUUAUCCCCACUUUGCCCUCGGACAAACUGAGCAAAAUACAGACCCUAAAACUUGCAGCCAGAUACAUCGACUUUCUCUACCAGGUGCUGCAGAGCGACGAGCUGGACUCCAAAAUGUCAAGUUGUAGUUAUGUGGCUCAUGAGAGGCUGAGCUACGCCUUCUCUGUGUGGAGGAUGGAGGGCGCUUGGUCCAUGUCAACAUCCCACUAACAUCUGGAGAAAUUAUGCCCUAUAUGAUGACUGCUGAAUCUACUUAUCACAUUCCGACGGGACAAAUCUGGAGUCCAAUGCUGGAUACAUGGGAUCACUCUAUUUAAACCAAAGACCACAGAAGCUCUGGGGGAUCAGUUUUGCAGAGGCCCGAUGGGGACCUGCAGCCGUGUGACAGCCUGUAGCUCACACACUCCCAUUCUGAUGCGUUUUCACUUAGUUGACGACGAAUGUUAAA